CGGGCGCGCGACAGAGGCGCCUCCUCCCCUCCAAUCCCCUCCGUCCCUCCCGACCCGCCGCGAUCCGUCAGCAGCCGAGCUCUGCCCCGGGGUUGUGGAGCGUCCGAGUCCAGCAUCCUGGAAAAUCUCCUCUGCAUCUUCUCGAAAAUUUCUACAUCAUUUCUUCAAUGAGGUGACCAGAACUGAAUACAACCCUUCACAUGCGUUACUUUACAGCUCUCCAACUCCAUCCCUGAACUACUGAAGGAAUUCACAAGGAAAUGACCUAGAGGCCUUAGCAAUACGUUAGUGCUUUCCUGCUUCAGCUGGCCGCAGAGUACAUAAUCAAUCUGGACACACCACUUGUUUCCGCUGCCGAGCUCGCACUACCUCAACAAGAAUAAAAAGCUAACACAUCUGAAGGAGAGGAGGAGGCUGUCAGAUCCGCAGAGGUUGCAGACAGGGCUCCCGGUAGUUUGUUUCAGAGUUGAGGCUGCAAGUCCACAUCCAAGUGAGCAACGUUUGACCGACUGGAUCUGUCAGAAAUUCUUUUGAAGGGCUUGAACCGUAUCCGGAACAGAAGCAAUGUGGACAGCGUUGAGUGAUCAUCCAAGCACUGAAUAGCUGAUAUUUUAAAUUUAACUUCCGCUGUUGAUCAGUGUCUUAGUCCAUUUUGUAGUUUGAAUUUUUUUUUAAGUGCUGCUUUGUAGAACUAUUUCGGCUUCCAUGUAUUGAAGCAAGCAAGAACGCUCAUCAACUGCACACAACUCCGUUCAUAGCAGUGGACAGCCCAGUAGCAGUAACUGGUUAGGAAAUCCCCAUUUCAUCUGGGUUUAAGUCUCCUUUACCUACCAGCCCAUUUCUUUUGGAAUGAAAUGGCACUGAUUCUUUGGAUUGGACACUCUGGUUGGUUUUAUCAUAAUUAUUGGGACACUGUGAAGUACUAUUAGACUCUUCUUUCCAUGUGUUGCUGGCUAACUCUGAGUAGCAGCAGCAGCUGAUGAACGUGCGGGUCAGAUACAGCACACCUGGGCAGGUUCUGAAGGAUUCCUUCUUUAUUUGCCGUUCCUCACACAACUGGCUGCAGCGGGGCUGCACCAAGCACACGAGGCCAGUGCAGUGGACAAAAACCCUUUUGUUCUUCUGAACUGACUUUCCGGGAUUUUGUGCAUGUGUAGAAAUGUUUGCCUUUGUUUGCACUCUGGAGCUGAAAUCAUGCCCUUGAGACUCUAUUCGUUGGCAGGACCUUCUGUGUUCAAAGUUGUUUGGGAAGUUUGACAGUAAGGAAAGAGCUACCUUGACCAGACUUCUGCGCAGUGAAGGGCGAGGCUGCAGAAGCUCCACUGUCACUUAUGUAUUGUUGCAGUGCACAGGAAAAUAAGAUGGACUACAAGCGUCGGUUUCUGCUUGGCGGGUCCAAGCAGAAGAUGCAGCAGCACCAGUACCCGAUGCCUGAGCUGGGCAGGACUCUGAGUGCACCGCUCACAUCCCCCGCGGCAGCGCCAUCGCUGACACCUGCCACCUCUGCCAACUGCCCCAACCCCGUGUCCCCCACCACCCAGGUCGCCGACAUCCAGCAGGGCAUCUCCAAAUACUUGGAUGCACUGAAUGUGUUCUGUCGAGCCAGCACCCUCCUCACUGACCUCUUCAGUAGCGUUUUUCGGAGUUCGCAUUAUUCCAAAGCUGCUAUGCAACUGAAAGACGUGCAGGUACAUGUCAUGGAGGCAGCAAGCAGGCUGACAGCUGCGAUCAAACCAGAGAUUGCGAAAAUGCUAAUGGAACUGAGUGCAGGCACAGCGAACUUCAAGCAUCAGAACGACUUCAGUCUUCAAGAUAUUGAGGUGCUGGGCCGGUGCUUCCUGACCGUCUUGCAGGUCCACGUCCAGUUCCUAACCCAAGCGCUGCAUCGAGUCCAGCCAGUUGCCCACUCGUGCCUGGCGGAGGCCCAGGCCCAGGAGAGGAAGAGUGCCGCGGGCGCUGAGGCAGUGAAGGUUGGCCGUGCUAUGGAGCUGGAUGAGGCUGUGAGGUCCUGGGGAGGAGCCUCUGAGGCCACCUUGCGCUUACGUGAGAGGGGAAGCGAUGGCAGCCUGGCCGGUCUUGAAGUUCAGCAGUUGUUCUGCUCCCAGACCACGGCGAUUCCCGAGCACCAGCUGAAGGACCUGAAUGUGAAAAUCGACAGUGCUCUGCAGGCUUACAAAGUGGCUUUGGAAAGCCUGGGUCACUGUGAAUAUGCCAUGAAGGCUGGAUUCCACCUGAACCCAAAAGCCAUUGAGGCUUCGUUACAGGGCUGCUGCAGCGAGGCUGAGGUGAAGCAAGCAGGAAGGAGACAGUAUCCUGCCCAGCCAUUACAGUGUGAACUCCCCACUGUACCUGUGCAGAUCGGACCCCACUUCCUCAAAGGGGUCUCCUUCGGCGAGUCCGGAGCAGAGAAUCUGAAGCUGAAGAUGCAAGCAAUGGUGCAGCUCAUCAAGGAGGCAGCUGGGCAGAACGAGGUCUCCCCACGUGAUGAGUCCCCGACAGAAAUCCUCAAUCAGGUCUGUCCAUCAACUUGGCGUGGUGCUUGCAAGACGGCUGUGCAACUGCUGUUCGGACAGGCUGGGCUGGUGGUGGUGGACACGGCACAGAUUGAGAACAAGGAAGCUUACGCUCCACAGAUCAGCCUGGAGGGUUCCAGGAUCGUGGUUCAGGUACCUUCUACGUGGUGCCUGAAGGAGGAUCCUGCCACCAUGUCUCUGCUGCAGAGGUGCCUGGAUCCGGAGAAGACACUAGGACUGGUGGAUGUGUUGUACACGGCCGUUUUCGACCUUUCCAAGUGGAAAGAGCGAAGGGAACAGGCACUGCCAAGCAUUCAGAUCCAGCUGCGGCGAGAGUGUGCUGACUUUGGGGGCCAUGUGGACCUCCCGGCGGGGAAUGGGGCGAUGGUGAAGUCACCAGGAGGGCUACAGAAGACCUUUGCCAAGCUGACCUCCCGUUUCACCAAGCGGGGGUCGUGUAGCAGCAGUAGCAGUGGUGCGAGCAGUGGCGGCGCUGGGAGCUUCUCCAUCCCCAGCACCCCGUCCAAGGGCAACUUCUCCCUUGGCGGAUCUGAGGAAGAGCGGAAAGGGAAGCUCGCUGGCCACUCGGACCUAAGGCUGCAGAGCAUCCUGAACAUCGGACACUUCCCGAAGACCGCCGAGUCCCAGGAAGUCACCCGAGGCGCAGGCAGCCCCAUGGUCAAUGGCUUCUCACUGGACAAGAGGGAGGCCUUCCUGAAAGGCGAUGACAGCAAGGACGACCAGGGCAUCAAGCUACCUAGCGACCAGGAGAUGCAGGAUGUUAUUGACUUCCUGUCCGGUUUCAACAUGGGCAAAUCCCAGCAGGCAUCACCUCUCGUCAACCGGAGGAAUUCUGCCCCGGUGCCCGAGCAGAAGGUGCCCGCCCUGCAGCAGACGCAGGCUACGCCACACACCCCGCUGCCGACAUCCCAGCAGCUGCAGCAGCAGCCACCACCGUUGCAAAAACCACAGCUGCAGUACUACCAGCACCUCCUGCAGCCCAUUGGGCAGCAGCCCCUGGGUCCCCGUGCUGCCGGCAAAUGGCCCAACAGCUCCCCACAGCUGAGCUCGGGAGCGGGGCUGUCUCCGAUGGGGCCGCUAGGCCAGUGGAACAACCCUGCCACGCACUCAGACUUGGGCUCGGACUUGUACAGCCUGGGUCUCGUGGGGAACUACAUGGAGAGCGUCAUGGACAACGUCAUGUCUGACAUGUUAGGCCCAAAGGUGGCCAACACCAGGAACAACACCUGGCCCAACCGGGUGCAGAAUGAUGGCGUCUUCGGAAUGCUGGGAGACAUCCUGCCCUUUGAUCCCGCAGUGGGCUCGGACCCCGAGUUUGCCCGAUACGUGGCGGGCGUGAGCCAGGCUAUGCAGCAGAAGCGGCAGACGCAGCAUGUCCGACGACACAGCACCGCCAGGACCAACUGGCCUGUCUCCGAGGAGGCUCACCGGCCAUGGCAGGCUCCCGAGUUCUUCACCGAGGGGGAAGUGAUGAACUGGUCAGGGACACAGGGAGACUCGGCCAGUUCCAGUGAUGAGGCGUCUUCUGCUAAUGGAGACAGUUUAUUCUCCAUGUUCUCAGGGCCUGACCUUGUUGCUGCUGUCAAACAGAGAAGAAAACACAGCAGUGGCGAUCAAGAAUCUUCCACCUUGCCUUCUCCUCCUGUCUUAUCCACACUCGAUGAUCUUAGCCAGGAUAACAAGACCAAGACGUGGCCUCCGAAAGCCCCGUGGCAACAUCUGGCGUCCCUCAGCAACACAUUGCCGAAUGCAGGCAGCUCCCUGUACCAGAUGAGCAGCCCCGGCACGCAGUGGAAUGAGUCGAUGCAGAUGCUGCAGGCCACUGUGUGGUCCACCGGCACGGACAGCUCCCCCUCUCCUGGGAUCUCGUCCACCUUCUCCUACAACCAGCAGCAGCAAGCUUCCCAGCAUAAACCGAUGAACAAGGGCUUUAAAUCCUACCCCAUGAAGCAGGAGAGGAGACAGUCCUAUCUGCACCAGUACUGAGACUCGGGAAGUAACAAACUCCCCGACCUUAUGGAGCCGGGUUCUGUAUUCUAGUGAAAAGCUGCACAGUUCUGGAUGAGGUGCGGUGCCUGAGUGUCUUGGAGGAGGGUGGGGGAGUGGGAGGGUUCCUGGUGCUUUGUCUGCACAGUGAGUGUGGGCCAGGGGCAGCAGGCUGCCAUCCCCUCGUGUUGCAACUGGGAGACUGCCGUCCAUUGAACCGCAUACGCACCAUGCCCCUCACUCGGCGUCCUUUAUUGAGGUUUACACCAGCCACUGAGCCUUUUUUUCUACCAACGGGCACCUGGCUUCCAGCUUGAGCCAGGAGCACUUCGAAGCCCCCUUCACUGGGGUGCCCUGGAGCAUUGUACUCGGGGGGGGGGGGUCAAAGGGCUGCACUGGCCACUAGACAGAAGGGGGGGGUAUACACUUAACCACUUGAAGCAGCUAGAGUAGCUUUUUAAAAAAAAUUGAACACCACUAGGUUGAAGUUAUGGCAAGAACUUGUGUACUUACUUAAGCCCAUCACUCCUACUGGAGCAGAGCCUACCGAUAGCAGCUCACGAGAGUCCUCUAUCCUGGGCCAGUCCUUCAUGUUGUCUCCAAGGGUAGCCCAUCUUCUUGGUGUAUCCUUCUUCUCCCAGGAGGUCUUUGGAACUUCCAUUGUCGUUUUGUAGCUUUGGGAUUUUACGGGACGGUUGCUAGCCCCAUGCCCAACCCUCCUCCUUUUGCAACUGGGCUUGGGACUGUCCAUAGCGGAGUUCACAGCAAAAACCUAACACCCUCAUGUCUCCAUCCAAAAUCCAAGGCCUGGUGUCGUUGCCAAGGUUAUAUCUAAUAUUUGUUUAAAGUACAAAUGACUCAUGCAAAGACCCAAGGGAAACAGACAGCAGGCAGAAUUAUCCCUAACACUGUCCCUCUAUAAAUCCCAAUUCUUGUCAGAUUGCAGACACUCAGGGUAGGUGCUGUAACCUUCCCUUCCAGUACUUUUGCUGUUCGCUAGGAUACAUUGCCUUGAGAGAACAGCUUAAUCUUUGUAAUGUUGUGGUGUAGUUGCUGGUUUAAUGUUCUGAAAUGUUGAGUUUUUCCACAUUCUUCACUCUUGAACUUUCCUCCUUGUCCUUUGUGUGUGUGCGUGUGUGUGUGCUGCCUCUCUCCACCAGCAACCCCCUCACUCCCAUACCUGUGCACCGUGUUACUUGUGGCUGGAGGCCUGACCCAGUGGAAGCAGUUUACAGGUGUCUCUGUAGAGCAAGGCGAGUCAGAGCGUUAAAGUGUGCGUGCACGCGGUCAAACACAGACAGAGUUCAUCAACGUUAAACACAUCAGUAAAACACAAAUCAUUUAUCACACUCGAGAUUCUGCAGAUGCUGGAAGUCUAGAACAGCAUACACAAAAUGCUUGGAGGAACUCAGCAGGUCAGGCAGCACCUGUGGGAAUGAAUAAACAGUUGAAGUUUUAGGCUGAGAUCCUUCAUCAGGACAUAAUGAAGGGUCUUGUUCUGAAAUGUCGACUGUUUAUUCAUUUCCGUGGAUGUUGCCUGCUCUGCUGAGUUCCUCCAGCAUUUUGUGUGUGUUGCAAUCAUUUCUAAAGCUGUUUUAUAGUCUGCAUCAUGGAGAAAUCAGGGGGAUGGUGGGGGGAUGAAACAAACAAGUCACCUGUGUAAAUUAUUUUUGUCUUGUUCUUAAGCCCUUCACCCCUACUGGGACAAAGGCCACCGACAGCAGCUCCCCAGAGUCCUCUGUCCUGGGCCAGUCUUACAAUUUGUCCCCAAGUGUAGCUCAUCCUCAAAGAUCCUUCCUGUCCCACAGAUGAAGUCUUUGAAGCUGCUGUUGGUGUUCCAGUAGCUCUGGGUUUGUAUGUGAUGGGUUUGCUAGCUCCAUGUCUGAUACUCCUCCUUUUGCAGCUGGGCUUGGGACUGUCCAUGGCAGAGUUUCUUUUUUUUGUACCGUUUUAUAAACCUGCUGGUAUUUUGUUGGAGGAAAUCUUGCAGGCAUAGAAGAAUGACCAGCAGCCUGCUUCUUCCCCCAACUCUCUUGUGCCUCCACCUUCAUUCCAAAACUGGUGACUGCCCCAAUCCUCGCCAGUGACUGUCCAAAUCCUCAGUCAGGAUCUGCAGCUACUGCACUGGUGCCUUGUGUAGAAAUCUAGAGGCAGGAGCAAGGGAAACUGGCAUAGAUUUGCCUCAUCAGGUGCAUAUUUUCUAAAGAGAGCCACCUCUCCCUCUCCAUCUCCUCCCCUACCCUCUCCUGUCUGUCUUUGCUCUUUCUGUGUCACUCCCUACUUCCACCUAGUGAUCUCUUGUAAAAUCCCUUGUAAAAGCUCAAGGCAAGAGUGACACCAUAUUCUCGGAGCUGUAGUGAGACCAACUGAUGAAACGCCAGUGCCCUCUCUGAUGGAUGCUAGUUCCCAGCCAGGGACGCACGCUCACCUCACGAGGUCGUCUACUCUUCAUCCCCACUUCACGUCAGAGAGCACCCUUCUGCUCUAAUCACAGUACCUUCUCUGCCUUUGCAGUGACAGGUAGAAUUCUCAGCUACACCCCACACCACGGCCCACUUUCUGUAUCUGCCUUGUCUUCAGGGUGGCUAGGAUGGCAGGUUUGGGUCCCUCUGAGCACCCUCAGUCCAAAUUCAGAAAUCUGAAAUGUAUGUUUGUGUGAGGAAAUUAUUAAACCUAUGGGUUGGAAUCCUAUCCCAGAGGAUCUGACGAAAAUGUUAAAACUGCUUAAGCUUUCCAUAUUAUCUUAGAGAGAGAAUGUGGCCGUGACAAGUGGUGCAAAACUAUAUUGUGUUGAAAAUCUUACACGCACUUUCUGCUAAUGUUUCUCCAAUAUAAGUUUGUACGUGAAUAUUUACAAUGGGAACUACCGGUGUUGGACUGUGGAGAUGUGUCAAUAUAAACAAUAGGCCGACUUUAAAGGUGUGCCGAGUUAAGUUUCCAUUGGAAAGGUUGCUUUGAAAUUAUAAUGGAAAUGUACAAAGGUGAGGGCUUUUGAAAUGGUGAUCACUGCCAGUCCAAUUAACCCCAUCGCUCCCACCCCUUUUCACAUGAAGGUAACACUGUCAUCAGUCCUUUGGUACAACUCCCACGGAACAUUGGCUAGUAAAUUUAUUAAAAACUUCAAAAUAUUUUCUGUUUUUUAAAUAAAACUUGUAUCUGCCGCAUACUGAA